CAAUUUGGAUGAUUUGAUGUGGCACCAGAAUCUGAUGAGAACCUUAUGUGGAAUCCUGGGAUGGAGUUCCAAGUUGGGAUGAUCUUCCCAAAUCGUGCUUCUGUUCAGGCAUGCGCUACUGCUUAUUCUGUUGAGAAUGGGAGGGAGCACAAAAGUCGCCGGACAACCAACUAUACUGUUGUGUUUGCAUGUAGGUAUAAUCCUAUUUGCAAAUGGUGGCUGCGUGCAACUCUGCUUCAAGCAACUCAUACGUGGACAUGCACAAAAUAUAUCGGGCCGCAUACGUGCAAUGAGCUGGUGCCAAAUGCUAAUCAUAGAAAUUUUGGGGCACGAGAAAUUGCGAAAUACGUGCGGAGGGAAGUGAUGGAGCAGCGUGACAUACGCGUUAAUACCCUUAUUGCUGGCAUUUGGGAUGAACAUAGAGUGAGACCUCCAUAUAAAAGAAUGUGGUAUGCAAAGGAGAAGGCAAUUGCUUCUGUUUACGGGGACUGGCAUGAAUCCUUCGGAUGUAUCAAUGACAUAAUGCAUAAUAUGGUUCACGUAAAUCCGGGCUCAUUCUGGCAUGCGGAAGGCGAUGAUGUUUACAUUAACGGGAUGCUUCAGCCGAAUAUUAGAACGUUCGUUAGAAUGUUUUGGACUUUUUUUCCGAUGGUUGCUGGAUUUCGAUUCUGCAAACCUGUUCUGUUUGUCGAUGGGACCCAUUUGUAUGGGAGAUACAAGAUGACGAUGUUGAUAGCGUCAGCGAUAGAUGGAAACAGCCAUAUAAUGCCAGUAGCGUUUGCAAUUGUGGAAUCAGAAAGUACUGAAAGUUACGAAUAUUUUCUCGGGCAUUUACGGGAACAGGUCAUUCUUGGACGGAAGGUUUCCAUUAUUUCUGAUCGCCAUGCUGGCAUUUUAGCAGUUCUGAGGCGUCCUGAAUGGGCUGAUGUUCCGCACAAAUUCUGCAUAAGGCACUUGGCCAGUAAUUUCAAUACUCACUUUAGGGACAAGUCGUUGAAAAAAUUGAUGGAGAAAGCAGGUCGGGCAUAUCAGAAGAAAAAAUACAAAAGAUAUAUGGAAGUCAUGAGGAUAAAAAGCCCAGAAGGUUAUGCAUGGUUAACCGACGAGCAUCGACCGAAAGAAAAAUGGUCAAGGGCCCACGACCAUCGAGGACAGCGCCACAACGUGAUGACAACAAAUUAUGCCGAGUCGGUCAAUGCGACCCUAAGGAACAUUAGGGGGCUUCCAAUUUCAUCAAUGCUUGAGACUUUAAUUUAA